CAGAUUUUGGAUGAGUUAAAGAGCCAAUUGAAUAAAGCUCAAGAAAGGAUGAAGAAGGCAGCCGACAAAAACAGAAGAGAGGUGGAAUUUCAGGAGGGAGAUAGAGUUUUUUUUAAAUUACAGCCCUAUCGUUUUCGCUCAUUAGCAUCUCGCCUGAAUGAGAAGCUUAGCCCCCGCUUCUACGGUCCAUAUGAAAUAUUGGAGAGAAUAUGACAGGUGGCCUAUAAGCUACGCCUACCCGAAGGAGCCAAAAUACACCCUGUUUUUCAUUUGUCGCAACUGCAAAAAUGUGUCAUUGAAAUGGGAUUCAUUGGAGACAUUGAGGAUUGAUUCAUGUAUGGCACUAAAAACUUUCCCAGCUACUUUCCAAAGGGCUGAGAAAUUGAUAGCAAUCUAUUGCACUCUAAAUCUGUGGAAUCAGGUGGAUUGGCUAGAUGUUACGGAUGUUACAAAAAAUCGAUUUCAGAAUCUGUAUAAACACAUGAGGCCCUGGAUUUGUGGCUGGGUGUUAGCGGUUCGCUACGGGAAAAGUGUGAUUUUCCAAUGAUGUUUGUUCCAUUGCUGCAAGAUAUCUUUGGAAUUUAUCACAUUACUCGAUGGCAUAAAACAUCGAUGUAUUGGAAACGUCUCAUGGGUUCAAGCUGUGCCACUAUAGAGCUGUUGCUGUUGAAUUCUCUACCUCAAUUGAUCUUUGUUCAGAAGUUGUUUUUGACCCUUGGCUGUUGCUGGACUUCAGUUUUUCCAGAUUUAUGCUUUUGUUCUGGGUAUUGCAAAGUUUGUGAGUUUCCUUCUAAGCAGUAUUUUCUUGUCCAGAUUUUUCAGUUUGACUUUGUGGGAAGAGCUGUAUAUGUAAAAUUAUUUUGUCUUUUUUACCACAAUUUGUUGGAAAUGUUAUUUUCUCGUGUGUUUUACUGUA